AUGGAACAAUUCGAUGAAACAGUUAUAGAGUUUUUAGAGGGCUCUGCGCCGUUACCACGUACUACUUUCGGUGCCAUCGAUGAGACUGCCUUUGGGAAUAAUUCAGGUCCUGGUACAGCGGAGCCCUCAAACACUAACUCUAUUUAUGCGUUGGCCUCUUGUACAGAGUUUAUCACCACAAUUACUGCUCUCCCACUUAAAGAUCCUCAAAUUCUAUCAUUCAACGAAGCUGACCAGCCUAUCUUCCGUCCAGCAAAUAAUGUCAUAACACUACGGCAUCUAUUGACGCACACAAGCGGCAUGGCUUAUCCAUUCGACAGCCAGGUUCUUCUAAAAUAUCAAACACUGACUGGACCAAGCCCUGCAAAACCAGAGACUAUAAAGGAUGCCUAUAAAAUGUUCCUUGUCAAUGAGCCCGGCGAAAUAUGGAUGAAUUCGCCUGGCAUAGAAUGGGCUGGUGUGAUGGUCGAGCGAACCUGCGGCAUGAGUCUAAGCGAUUAUGUUCAAAUGUCCAUCUUCCGACACCUGGGGAUCAAAGACAUGACUUUCCAUAUCGAAAAGCGACCCGAUUUACAACAUCGCUUGGCAAAUUUUUGGCAAUAUAAGGCAGAUAGGAGUCUUCAAGUUGAAGACGAAAGGUUUCUACCAUACACUGUAAUCGACGACUUUGGAGGGAGCGGGCUUUAUGGAAGUGCUGAGGACUUCCUCAAGAUCUGCAGCGCGAUCUUACGAGGAGAUGAAAGAGUCUUGAGCAUUGAAACUGUCCAACAAAUUUUUACACCCCAGCUAGAAUCCACCGCUGGACUUGGUGUCUCCUGGCUUAGUCCCAACCCCGGAAAUAUCUGCGGCAUUCCUCAAGGUGCAGAUAUCAAUUUUGGACUAGGCGGCUUUCUCAACCUGAGCAAAAUCUCGGGGAGAAGACAAGCUAAGUCCAUUGCUUGGUCUGGCCUUCGAAAUCCUCACUUCUGGAUCGAUCUUCGAAGCGGCCUUGCCGGAGUGCAACUUAUGCACUUCCAUCCAACUGGCGACAAGAGGGCCAUAGAAUUACUCUGGAGGUUCGAAGAAGCGGUAUACUCGGCUCAAAUAUAG